GCGCUUGGCAAAUGGCAAUGGCAAGUUGGCAUCGCUUGCCUUGGGUUUUUAUAGCAGCCAGGGCCAGGGCCGGGGCGAAAGCGCGCGCGAUCGGCGCCACCGCACGCCUCGCCGUUGCCGGGCUCCGCGCGCCAUUCCCGCUCCCGACGAGCGCGCCCGGCCGCCCGCACCCGAUCCCCUCUCCCCUUCCUCGCGACCAGGGACCUGCGCCGCGCGCGCCGCGUUGCUCCCCCGCCAUUAACCCCCAGGCCCCCCCUUCCCUUCCCUUCCCUUCCCUUCCCUUCCCUCGGUUGUUCCUCCCGAGCUCGCGGCGCGGGAGCUUCCGGACCACCCCGGCGGCGGCGGCGAUGGGGCGCGUGAAGCUGCCCAUCCGGCGGAUCGAGAACAACACCAACCGGCAGGUGACCUUCUCCAAACGCCGCAACGGGCUCGUCAAGAAGGCCUACGAGCUCUCUGUCCUCUGCGACAUCGACGUCGCGCUCCUCAUGUUCUCGCCCUCGGGCCGCCUCAGCCACUUCUCCGGCCGCACCGGGGUCGAGGACGUCAUCCUCCGCUACAUGAACCUCUCCGACCACGACAGGGGAGGCGCCGUGAAGAACCCAGAGUACCUCGUCAGCAUGCUCCAGCGGCUCAAGCGCGAGGGCGACAUGGCCACGCAGCUAGCCAACCCCGGGGCGCUGAACGAGAGAAUCGAGGUGAGGAACAACUCGAUUCAGCGGGAGAUUUAUUCUUCGCAGCAGCAGCUGCACAUCUACGAGGAACGCCUGAGGCUGUUCGAGCCCGACCCUGCCGCGUUCGGAUCCACGAGCGAGAUCGACGGCUGCGAGAAGGUCCUCGCGGACCUGCUGGCCCGUGUGGUCCAACGGAAGAACUACUUGCUGGGCGAUCACAUGACCCCGUUCGAUCCGACAGCAUCUGGGAUGGAGGGGGCAGAUGGAGCGCAGAUGUACACGGGCCAGGCGGAGGGCAUGGGCACUUUCGCCGGCGACGCCGCGCUGUGGACCGCCGCCGGCGUGGGGUCAGACGACCCCGGCCACGAGAUGUUCGGCGCGGCCGACCCGUUGAUGUACCUCAGGGACCAGGACGUGUACGACGCCACCUCCCAGGUGGCCGGCCUGCACGGCGACCCGUGCGCCGCCGCCGGCGAGGCCGAGGCGGAGGCCGAGGCGUGGCGGCAGGCGACCUGCACCGAGCUGCUCUCCACGCUCAUCCCCGCCACGCCCUUCCCCCUCAUGCCGCACUGCCUGGGCCCGGACGACGAGUUCCUGCCACUCCAGGACGGCGGCAUGGCGGCGGCGCAGGAGCCGGUGGAGGCGUUGGCGAGCUGCUCCUACGCGCCCAGUGACGACGCCGGCACGACAGCACCGUGGCGCCCGCGAACGUCGCCUGACCUGACGAGUUCACCCACUGUAACUACAGCGUAGCACAUACACGUCAGAAUAACCUGUGAAUAAUUCCAGAGCUAGUGUGCUCGAUCGCAGAAGGAAAACUGAGGUGACGCAGACGCUCGCACACACUUGUAACCUCUAGAACAAAAUCAUACGAUGUCUGUUCAUAAAGUUUGAUGAAACCGGAACCCGAAUCAUUCGCAGAUGUCUACAAUGAUACAAAAGAUGACCAGACGAUUCGAUCCUUUCUUACCAACGCACGAAUCUGAAUUCUGGAUGACACCUGAAGAAGGAUGAAGACGACACGGCAUGGUGCUCCACUUCCCCCAUCCAAGGAAGAUCCAUCACCCAUGUAAAGCUGUGCAGUGCGGCGUCAGCUUUCGACGUCGCUGAUGACAAAGCAGGGGGCACUACGCCAAAGCCAUGGACUCAUCAGGAAUGUUCCAUCCUGUGGGAGAUCUCGUUAUCAAACACAGCCGCUUUCUCUGUCAGCACAUAUAGGUUCCUUAGUCAUGAAUUAACCCCAUACCUGGCUUUAUUUCGAAACGGGACGGGUCCGGGACCGCCUUUUCGCCUUUUGGCGGCGAGGUUAAGCAACUUGUUCUGGUUGAUCUCUCCCUGUGCUCUCCUCCCAGAGCAUACCUAUAAUCUGAAACUCCUGAUGUAUUGACUGCUUUUCAGUCUUAAACUCUGUUUUUACUUAGACUCCAUUAACAGGAAGAUUGCAUGAACCUAAGUGAUUGAGACACAUGCUACCACCACUUCAUCCACCUUGGUCAAUGUUAUAAACUGCAUGAGAAAAGCAUUGAGCAGGUGUUCCUGAUGAAUGAAUCACUGCUUCACUGAGGAUGUAUGAGUGGGAAGAGCACUUCCAAGUUGCCGUCUGAACAAGCCAAGCCAGAUUGCCAGAAACAUAGACAUCGAGCAUCAGAUUAUUUGGUAAUGCGAAGAAUAACUGAACCUUUAUCUUUCCCAGCUCGAGAAUUAUGCUUUUGUGAGAUAAAGCAGACACCAAUCGAUUGCCGGCAGCCGGCAGAGCUGCCCCACUCCACACCUUUGCUCGAAGCAGCUCUCAUUUUUCAAUGCAGAAACACAAGACAGUGGACCCACGCCCGAUUUUCAAAAGCCUCUCUUUUCUCCCUUCUUUAUUUUGGGGACACCACCAUUACCCCAGCCCAGCCUCCUUUUAACUCCAUCACUCCAUUCCCUUACUCUCGUUGUUGUUGUUCUUGCUCUCUAGCUUGCUUUCCCCAAAUCCCCAUUAGGCCUCUGCACCCUGAGCUCCUCGUCUUCCUUGUUCAACUUGGUGGUAUUGGUGCUGCAGAAAUGGGCACUCCUUACCACCUCCAAUCACCAAAAACCAUCCUGUCCAGGCUGGUCAACAUGAGGCAGUUACCACCGGGGCUGCCACCGCCGCCACCACCGCCAGAGCCUCCGUCCAAGACCCGGCAGCAAGAGGUGCUGCCACAGCGGCUGCCGGCGGCUCCUUCCAAGAUUAUCCUGCAGCCGCGUGACCGGACCUCGCCGGCGAUGUGGUUCGCGGCCAUCGUCUGCUUCGCCUUCAGCAUCAUCCUGAUCGUGGCUGGCGUGGUCAUCUUGAUCAUCUUCCUGGCGGUCAAGCCGAGGGCACCGUCCUUCGACAUGGCCAACGCCAGCCUCAACAGUGUCUACAUCGACUCGCCGGCCUACUUCAAUGGCGACAUGACGCUCGUGGCCAACUUCUCCAACCCCAACCAGAAGAUCGACGUCGUGUUCCGGUCCGCCACCUUGGAGCUCUUCUUCCGGGACAGGCCCAUGGCCGUGCAGGUGCUGCCGCCGUUUGCGCAGCGCCGGGGCCAGUUCCAGGUCCUGAACCUGCACAUGGUGUCAAGCCGUGUGCUGCUGCCGCCGGAGGUGGCCAUGGAGCUUGUGAACCAGGUGAGGAGAAACAGGGUCGUGUACACCAUCAGAGGCACCUUCAAGGUGGAGGCCAGAUUUUGGUUUAGCCACUACUCAUACUGGAUGAACACAAUCUGUGAGCUGGAGCUCACAGCUCCUCCUUGUGGAGUUCUUGUUGCCAGGAGAUGCAGAACAAAGUGACUGGCUUCUGAAAUUUCCCAUCCAGUUCUAUUGUUGUAUCAAACCUUAGAUCUUUUUCUUUUGUAUACUGAAAUUGGGCAGGGUAAAGCAAAACAUACUCAUGAUUGAUGUGAA